GGCUGCGGCGUGGGAAACAGCCCGGAGGAGCCGACCGCGCCGCCGCGGGAACCGCGCCUGCCGGGCCCGGGGAGGGGGUGAGGAGGCCGGCAGGGAGGUCGCUGUGCCGCGCUGGGCAUCCGUGUCUCCGGCCGGGCUGCGCCCCGCGCCCUUUUCGCCGCGAUGAAGCGCCCCUGCGAGGAGACGACCUCGGAGAGCGACCUGGACGAGACCAUCGACGUGGGAAGCGAGAACAAUUACUCGGGGCAAAGUUCUAGCUCUGUGAUUAGAUCGAAUUCUCCAACAACAACAUCUCAGAUUAUGGCAAGAAAGAAAAGGAGAGGGAUAAUAGAGAAAAGGCGUCGAGAUCGGAUAAAUAACAGUUUAUCCGAGUUGAGGCGACUGGUGCCAACUGCUUUUGAAAAACAAGGAUCUGCAAAGUUAGAAAAAGCUGAAAUAUUACAAAUGACAGUGGAUCAUUUGAAGAUGCUUCAGGCAACAGGGGGUAAAGGCUACUUCGAUGCACACGCGCUUGCCAUGGACUUCAUGAGCAUCGGGUUCCGAGAGUGCCUGACGGAAGUGGCCAGGUAUCUGAGCUCGGUGGAAGGCCUGGACUCCGCGGACCCCCUGCGGGUGCGGCUGGUCUCCCAUCUCAGCACGUGCGCCUCGCAGCGGGAAGCAGCGGCCAUGACCUCCUCCCUGGCCCACCACCACCACCCGCUGCACCCGCACCACUGGGCUGCGGCCUUCCACCAUCUGCCCGCAGCCCUGCUCCAGCCCAACGGACUCCACGCCUCGGAGUCCACGCCCUGCCGCCUCUCCACGACUUCAGACGUGCCUCCUGCCCACGGCUCCGCGCUCCUCACGGCCACGUUUGCCCACGCGGAUUCUGCCCUGCGGAUGCCAUCGACGGGCAGCGUGGCCCCCUGCGUGCCGCCCCUCUCCACCUCGCUCUUGUCCCUCUCAGCCACGGUCCACGCGGCCGCCGCAGCCGCCACCGCAGCGGCGCACAGCUUCCCCCUGUCCUUCGCGGGGGCCUUCCCCAUGCUCCCCCCAAACGCCGCCGCUGCCGCGGUGGCAGCCGCCACAGCCAUCAGCCCGCCCCUGUCCGUAUCAGCCACAUCCAGCCCUCAGCAGACGAGCAGUGGAACUAACAGUAAACCUUACCGACCCUGGGGGACAGAAGUGGGCGCUUUUUGAGUUGUCAUUGAACUUGUUGCCAUGGUAACUGAAAGUCCUGCAUAUCAGCAUCUGCACCGGAAGGCCGCCAUACAGAUGUCUACAGACCCACCAAGGAACAGUAAAGCUAUUUGAGACACACACCUCACAAGUGGAAAUGUGGUAUUAGCGAUCUGUUUUCUUUCUUGUGGUUGGUUAAGGCAGCUUGGUAACUGACGUCAGCAACGUUUGAGAACUUCACACUUGCUUCCAUGUAGAAUUUUCCCGGAAAGUAAAAGACUGUACCAUCCAGCCUUGCCUCGGUAUAUCCAAAUUGGAGAAGAAAACGGCUCUGACUGAAUUCUCUUGAAACUAGAUGAGAAAAAAAUAUUCAUGUUUCCUAAGUGCCUGAGCUAGUGAAGUUUUGUUCUGAGCAUGGAACAUUGCACAAGUGACAAGUGUAGAAGUUAGGUUAAGAAGGGAGAGAGACAGAAGUCUUGCGUUAGGCUGCAGACAUACAAUGCCAGGGAAGAGUACUCUGUUGAAACCAACAGGUUUUUAUUGGCCAAAAGGAUUGCUGAAAAUAAUUUUCAAGUUGAAAGACCGAGUUUUAUCUUAGUUUGCUUUCUUUGUACAAACUUGCCAAGUGGUGACAUUCAGCAAUACACUGGUAUAAGCAAUUAUUCCAUCAGUGCUCAGAUUAGCAAGCAUUCUGCCUGGUCUGCAAACCCCGAGGCACCUUUUUCUUUCAUGGCUCAGAAUGUGGUGCUUCUUCUAUAAACCAUACAUUUAUAGAGUACACCCAGGAGCAGUGACCUACUGUGUGCCCACCAGAGGCUAGCUGACUCAUGCCAACUUGAAAACUCCAGUUUGUAAAAGUUUAGCAUAAUUUAUUCCGUUUCAUUUGGACUAUUUCCACAUAUGUAUCUUCUUCAUUUUGUCCCAAUGACAUGUACUAUCCUUGUCAUCCUUUUGGGAGAAGUAGCAUUUCUGGAGGUGAUGAGACAGGGAGGUAGAUAGAUAGAUAGCAUUUGGAACAGAAAAGCCACGAUUUUUAAAUGCUCUUUGUCAAGCUCAAGAUUGCGUUUGACCCCAAAUCAAGAUGAAUGUAUGCAAUGGGAUGUACAUAAAUUAGUUUGUCCAUGCCUAGACUAGUGCUACAUAAUGGUGUUUUGGUUUCGUUUUGUUUUGUUUUUUAUUUUGUUUAAUGACAAAAUAAUCUCUUAAUACAUUGAAAUUGAGCACAUGAGAUUUUAUGUUUGAAAGAUAAAGACACAGCAUGUAUUAUUAUGCACUUCAUUUCUCUGCUGUGUGGAGAAAGCAAUAAAGAAGAAUGUUAAACAUUAUGCAACAUUAUACUUUUAAAUAUUUGUUUUAAAAUUACUGUACCUAGUCCUUUUUGCAUUACUUUGUAACCUUUUUCUAUGCAAAAGUCUACAUAUCACUAAUUAAAUGAAGUCCUUUUUGACUAUUUUUAUGUGGAUGAGUUGCUUUGCAGAAUGUAAAGUUGAUAUGAACUUCAAGGCCUUCCUUCACUAACAAAUUAAGCCAGGGCUUUUCUUUUGCUCUUUCACAGCUUGCUGGAAAUUAGUUUUUAUCUGAGCUUAUAAAUCUAUUAAGCAUAGGUGGGUAAGACAUUAUUUGGAGGCAGGAAGUGAUCCGUUUCCUUUGCCUUUUAUUCUUAACCACGGUUCUUGGAAAAGUGCAAAUACAAGAACUCUAAAUAAUACUAGUAGUAUACCGGACGUGGGGUAAUAUGCUAGAAUGUGUCAUACUUUUUAUAACUCAAAAACAUUUGUAGUGUUUUUAAAAAUCACGUACAUACAUGAAGGGCAGAUAUAUGUCUCCUGAUGAUGAAUCCUCUAUAUCUACCUCAAUGCCAAUUUCUUUUGAUGCUGUAGGAAUUAUGCAAAUAUCCCCCCUUCAAUGAAGCCUGAAAGAGACCAUUUCAGAGUUCCCAAAGCUAUUGGGCCACACAUAUGAAAAAUUAAGAAAGAAUGCUCUUAUUAUGCAUUUCACUUAUGCUCAAAGCUAAAGGAAAAAGUGGGAGGCUUUUAGUUUUAAAAAAAUCAAGCGUAUAGUUUAUCUAAUUUCUUCUGUCUGGAAGUGGGUAAAAAAAAUGAGCAAAAACAGAUCACCAUGUUCCUUCUCUGUGAAGCUCUCUGGUUAUUAAAUUUUCUGUUAGCUCUGAUGGAAUUAGGUAGCAAAUAAGAAAAUGGAUUUAGUAGUAUUUGAAGUUUGCUUUUUAAUCACGAUUUGUGGGCUGCUGGCCUAGAAAUGAUUUUUAUUAUCUAAUAGUUGAUCCUGUGCCUAUUGUAAUGUCAGCAUUUAAAGAAUUCUUUUCCUA